AUAUAGCGAGCGCUAUAGCCUGCUGUUCUUUUUCGCGAACGGCAACAAAAUGACAAGCCGCGUGCGCUAGAAACCUCGCAGCAGAAGUCGCGCAGCAGACGACGACAGCUUUGCAGUUCGCGAGUUCCAGAAGAUCGCAGCAGAAGUCGCGCGGCAGACGACGACAGCUCUGCUGGCGAGUUCCAGAAGAGCCCGCGCUGAUCGCACCGUGAAAGACAACGGUUAAUAGCACCACUGCUAAAAUGCAAACAACCACGAUCGCGCGGUCCAAUUCUUCAAGGAUCAAAACUUUGAGCCAGCAACUAUUGCAAAACAGUGACCGACAAAGAAGGUGCACAGCAGUAGCAUUUGAACAGAGGAAGAAGCCGAAGAAACUUGCAGACGACGCCUCUCAAUGGCCCCUUGCAAAGGCUGCUGCCCUUCGCAGACGGCAACAAAAUGCCACGCUGCGUGCCCUGGAAACGUCGCAGCAGAAGUAUAACAGAAGGCCACGGCAUCCUCGCUCGCGAGUUCUUCAAGAAGAGCAUCCUGAUAGCAACGCGAACGACAGCUUUAGUAGCACCACUAUUAAGCAACUUCCCACUGUUGAACGGUUCUUGAAGUGUCAAGGAUCAAAACUGUUAGCGUCAGCAGCAAUCGGGAAACAAUGACAGAACGAAGAAAAAAGAAAAACGCAUUCACACUAUUCGUACAGCAGUAGCGACUGUAGCAGAAGCAGCAGAAACCUGCAGACGACAGCUUUCAACGGUUCCUUGCAAUGCCCUGAUCGAAAACAAGGAACAACCUUCAGCAUCGGACGUCGUGCUCGUGAGAGAAGGACCUCGAUCGUCGGCACAGCCUCUCUGUCCUUGGCAAGGGGGGCCGUGCGGCCUUAUCAGCGCGAGCACGAGCUGCGGCCACCUUAUCGGGCGAGCGAGCCUACGUCGCAGAAAUCCCGACCGCUUCGGGGUGGCAUCAUGAGCGGCUCGGAGGGGACCACAACCGUCGCGGUGCGGUGACGGCGGAGUCCCAGCUACGUCCCUCUCUCUCAAAGGGGACUUAACGAGGAUCGUGACUCCCAGACGACGCCUAAUUGUCACGGAUACAGAAUGUCGGACGCGCUCGCAGAGCCAAAGCUGCUUCGUGUUCAUCACAAUGGUUCCACGCCGCCUCCACACACAACUGCUUCAGUUAUCAAUUCAGAGAUACAGGAGAAGAACAAGAAGUUUACGGUGUACAAAGUCGUCGUGACCGUUGACGGGCAUUCGUGGUUUGUGCUGAGGAGGUACAAUGACUUCAGCAAGCUUCUGGACAUUAUCAAGAAGCAGUUCCCAGGCUGCCAUCUUAAGCUUCCUGGCAAGAAGCUUUUUGGGAACAACUUCAGCCCCGACUUCAUCCGGAGCAGGCGGCAAGGACUGGACGAGUUUAUCCAGAAGCUCGUCACGGAUGAGAAGCUGAUGCAGAACCAAGACGUCAGGGCCUUCCUCAAUGUUGACAGGAACUUGAGCAUCAAAGAAGUGGCCGAGGAAGAAGAAAAUAAUGGGCACGGUGCCGAGGCUCCUGAACCAGUUGACCUAGGCUCAACUGAAAAACCACAUGUAAAGCCGAGUGACUUCGAGUUCCUCAAAGUGAUCGGGAAAGGCAGCUUUGGUCGAGUGCUGCUGGCAAGGCACAAAGUGGAGAAGCAGUUUUAUGCCAUCAAGGUGCUGCAGAAGAAGAUGAUCCUCAAGCGCAACGAGCGCAACCACAUCAUGUCCGAGCGGAACGUACUCCUGAAAAACCUGGACCACCCGUUCCUCGUGGGGCUCCACUACUCCUUCCAGACGCCUGUCAAGCUCUACUUUGUCUUGGACUACGUCAAUGGUGGAGAGCUGUUCUUUCACCUUCAAAAGGAGAGGACGUUUGCAGAGCCCAGAGCUCGCUUCUACGCUGCUGAAAUUACAAGUGCUCUUUCGUACUUACAUUCUCAGGGAAUAGUGUACAGAGAUCUGAAGCCUGAAAACAUCCUGCUUGAUGCACAGGGUCAUGUGGUUCUCACCGACUUUGGCCUCUGCAAAGAGGGUAUCAAGGAAAAGGAGACAACGAACACAUUCUGUGGAACACCUGAGUACCUGGCCCCAGAGGUGCUCCGGAAGGAAGCGUACGACCGCACAGUGGACUGGUGGUGUUUGGGAGCUGUGCUGUAUGAAAUGCUUUACGGCCUGCCACCAUUUUACAGCCGGGACACGGUGGAAAUGUACGACAACAUCCUCCACAAGCAGCUGCGACUGCGCACAAACAUCUCUGCAGCGGCGCGAGACAUCCUUGAAAAGCUUUUGCAGAAGGAGAAGCGGUUGCGUUUGGGUCACGCGGACGACGGUAACGAGGUGAAGCGACACGACUUCUUCAACCCGAUCAACUGGCAGGACUUGGAAGCCAAGCGAAUCCCUCCACCUUACAAGCCGAGUCUGUCGGGAAUAAUGGACCUGAAGAACAUCGAUCCAGACUUUGUCAAGGAACCAAUACCUGCUUCCGUCGGCAGGUCUCAAACGCUCAGUGCCAGCGUACAGGAUGCAGACACGGCGUUCAUCGGUUUCUCUUAUGCGCCUCCGCUGGACAUCAACGCGUGCUGAGGCAAAGUCGCCCGCAUACAAGACUGCCAAGGAAUCGCCUGGAUGAAAGAUUCCUACUGUUGUGCUUUUACAGUGCCUUUCUCUUGCGUUCCAAUGCUCUAGCAUUGAUAUUGCUCGUGAAUGUGUCGUGCAUUGUCCGGUGCCCGCAUUUGCUUGACUGCCAUGAGAGACUGCUGCUGUUCUUGCAAUACUUAGCGGUGUAGCUGAGAAGCCGCGUGAAAACAGCCGAGAGCUUGACAGGCACUGCCAUUGAUUGUCAGUGGUGCUACCUUUUGCGCACCGUCAACAGCGAUGUUAUCAGCAGCUGAUUGUUAUCCAUCCUGCUAGCCCAGAUAGUCCCGAGUGCUUUCCUGGUUUUAAGGGCAGUGCGUUUCGGAAGCCUGUGAAAACGUGACCUUUCUUUUAUGCUGCCGGUGCUUUCUUUUUUUAAUUAGUGCAUUAGGUCAGAAAGGCCGUCAAGCUCGUUUCUUAUGCCUUUCUUCUUCCUUAUGGACGUUCAUGUUGUACCCAUGCCCCCCUGUCAUACUCAAGGCUUCAAGAAACGCAAUGUUUCGUCGCUGUUAUUCAAGUAGAGCAACUGACUGUUCACAUCUAGAAGCGUAUGGAACAAACAAUAUGUGUUUAAGCGCACAGUUGCUUCGUGUAUUACGGAAUUUAUGCAGAUUUGUGAACAUGCAAGCUCGUAAUGACGUGAUAUCAAUCAAAGAAAAACAGGCCACGAUGUUCUGUCCUUGUCUACCCCCCUCCAUUUUGCUUUAGUUGAGUCAUACCAGAAUUUUUAGAUGUUUCAUUUUGCAUUACAUCUAUCAAAGUACUUCGCCGAAGUGUCGAAGUUUCAUUUAUUCCACAGAAUCUGAUUAGCCAGGAGGUGAAGACCUGCCAUGUUCCCACGCAACAUUUGGGAACGCUACCUUUGAAGCUGUGAUUACUGAAUCAGUCUUAAGGGCACUUUGCCUGGCGGCCUGUACUUUAAGGACCAACGAAUUUUACUGAACUGACCAAAAUUGUCGGGGACCAACAACGUCUGCCCUGGUGGCUUGUCUUGUCUACAGCCGUGCUCGGCUAGUGAUUAAUCUCUUUAGAGCCUUGGCUAGUCUUCCACACACAUGCAGUUUGGUAUCGCAUCAGCCAUCGUUGGCGAAUGCAAAAGUGUGAACUUUUGUUAAUUUAAGUAUUUCUUGUGUGUUGGAGUGAAUCGUUUUAUGUUGUGCUCUAGUGGGGGAGGUUUGUCCCGACAUCCACCUGUAUGUGUGGUGGUAAUAAUACCUGGGCUCACUUAUUUGCCAGGCCUUGGAUGUUGUUUCUGAAACAUGUUACCUAAAUUUUGCUAAAGCCUUUUGAUGAUACUGUUAAGCUUCAGCGUGACAUUAUGCACCUGUGGCCAGUUGAAACAUGCUGCAUGGCUUCAGUAUGAUUUCGUAAUUUACCACAAUGAUCUUUGGUAUCAAAAAUGAACUAGGGUCUCUGCCAUUCCAGACAGUCUACUUCGAAGAUGACAGACUUGGAAGCUGAAGGUCUGCAGUUUUGUUUGAUUAUGAAAUGCAAGUGGCUCCGCCUGUUGGAAGUACAGUAAUUUACGAGUUUAUAAAGGAGAUUUCUGCUAACAUGUGAAGAAGCUUCACAGAAGUCUGUACCUGUUCGGCUUGGCACAGAGUUUUACUCAAGGGUUUUUUUCUUGGCAUAACUUGCAACAGUGAUUGAGGGCAAGUGGGAUAGGGUCAGAUCAUUAACACUCGAAAUGUGCACACUAGUACAGAAAACAGCCACUUGCAGUGAAUGCUGCUGGCCUUUCCAACUUCUCAUGCUUAGCGAAAAAGUCUUUCCUUGACUUCACAGAUGGGAAACAUUUAUGUUUCCAUGCAAGAGUGCUCACCAAUUAGUAGCUGCACAAUGUUUUCAAUCAACACAGUCACUUAGCCUUUGAUUUCAAGGUGUCGUUGCUAUGAAUAGAACUAGUGCGCACACAAGCCUAGUACCGUUCUUCUCGUUGCCUCAAACACUGUUUCGAGUUAUCAAGAUAGCGUGUGUCGUGCCUUACAUUCUUAUCAGACGUACAGAAAGAGUGCCAUAUUUGGUUGCAGUUGUUUCUUUUGUUGUGCUGUGUGGAGAUGAAAACUUUUGUACAGUUCUUUGAUACUGCAGAACAGAUAUAUUAUGUACACACAUAUAUACAUAUGCUGGCAACUUGUUUUCUGUGUAUUUUGUUUUUACACGAUUAAAAGUUUGAAUUUGGUCAGCAC